AUUGUUUUAUAUCUGGUAUCCUUAGCGUUCCUAUUGUCUGUUUGGUUCAUGUUUAAUUAUAAUCAAUCGGUGUUUUCGGUGAAGCAAAUGCAAGAUAUUGCCGUCUCAACAUCGGAAACAACUGACAUCAACGCUAUUUCAUUAACGGCUGAGAAUUUGAAAAGCGCUCUCAUUAAAUCGGAAGGAUUUCUAGCUGCAACUAGGAAAAACAGCGGGAAAAUGAUCGGUACAACAGUCUGUGUUGUAGAUCCUGCGAUUACAGAUUGUCAAAACAUUGGCUUUGCGGCAUUUCUGCUUUACACAUUGGAUUACAUAAUUCUGUGUCGUGCUUUGGGAAUUCAUCGACCAACUGCGUUUUGGAGGGCUUGUAAUUCUGUUUGCUCGAAGGAUACGAGAGUGAAUUCCUGGGACUGGUAUUUUGAGCCUGUUAAUCGCGGAUUAGAGUUCAAAGUCGACAGCAUUUUCUGUCCUUUGAGAGCUGACGGUGCACCUUUAGAUGUGGGAUCAGUCAUUGACAACAGUUUCAAAAACCGAACUGAUGUUGAAGGUUUUGAAUACAGCAGAAUAAUAACCAAACAGGAGAGAUUUAGAGUAAAUAAACUAAUUCGUCAGUAUAUUAAACCUAAUUUAAGGAUAAAGACAAAAGUAAAGAUGUUUUACCAGAAAUAUCUAGCAAGGUUCAAUGUGUUGGGAAUUCACGUUAGAGGAACAGAUCAUUGGCUGGAAACAAGCGAACAGACGCUGCCAUCUUUGAUGAGUUGGAUUAAGAAAGCUCAGUCAAUUCUUGUGACGUUGCCGCGACCAAGAAAGAUUUUCAUUGCAAGUGACAACCACGAAGUUAUAAAGAAGUUUGUGACUUACUUUGGAAAAGAAACUGUUGUUUUCACCAAGGCAGACAGGGCGAAAGGAUACCGCGACCAAAUACCCCCGCAUGCUGUGGAAUUCAAGCACAAUAGCGCUGGCCCAUAUGAAAUUGGUACUCAAGUGUUGAUGGAUAUUCUGCUGUUAGCCAAGUGUGAUCAGUUCUUACACGCCGAGUCCAGCGUAGCCUCUCUUGCAGGCUACUUCAACCCCUAUAUGACCAGCUACUUCCUUCAGGAUGAAAAACUUUCCAAGGAGGCAAGAAAGUUGCGUGAAAGACGAAAAACUGAUGACGAACUGAGAAAAACGGAACCAGAAAGGCUCGAAGAGAGUGACGAUUUCAUUGAACUGGUGGAGUGUUUUCAGAGGAAUUCUAAGGAAAGCACUUGCCCAAAUACUGCAAAGGGAAUAUUUGUUAAUUUUCAAGAGGCACGUGAUAUGUUUAGACCUCUCUGAAAAUUUAACCCAUUGACGCCUGUGCCGACGGUAACCGCCCGUGAUGAUGGUUGGCCUUCGUUCCACUUCUGACGUCAUCAUCUUUGAUAAGAAUUAGCAUCACUUACACCCAAGUUCUGCAGGAGGUAAAGAUCUUUCCAAUGAUACCCAGAUCAGAGUGAUUGGGUCAAUUGAGCGUGAACUAUACACAAUAAUGCUUAGAAAUUUGAGUGAAAAAACUCAGAGGAAAACUUCCCUCUACUUCACUUGGCUACUACGUGGUAAGAAUUUCCCGUCUCGAUGAUGCUUUCGCGGGAAUUCUUGAACUCGAAGCAAGCCCA